AUGGUUGCACAUAGGCUUAAUAUAGAGAGCAUUGCAGUUACAAAUCUGAGGCCAGCAAAGUUCUUCGCCUGCUAUUUAUUAGGAUCGCAUGCAUUUGUUCUCGGCGCCGGGCUUCCCAUUCCUCAGCCAGCAACCAUGAGGCCAAGCCACCUCCUCCUCAUCCUUCUCUCCCUUUUCUCUUCCCUCCUCCCUUUCGCCUCUGCCGGUCCCACGAACAAAAUUGGCGAGGUCGCUGGCAUAUGUUCCCACACAGACUACCCAUUCCUUUGCAUCUACGCGUCCACUACUUACGGCCAGUCAUAUCUUGCCAUCGACGCUGCGUCCUUACUCGCCAUGCACAUCAAGAUGACCGUCGAUCACACCCAAACCGCGAAGGCCAUAGCGUCGACCUUUGCCGUCAACCCAACCACAACCCCCCAAGUGAAGCAGGCACUGGAGGUCUGCGUCAAACAGUACGAUGAUGCAUUCGAUGAUCUCGCGACAGGGAGCACCGCCGUCGCCGGGCACGAUGCAGGCACAGCCAACAGCAUGCUGAGUGCAGUCAUAUCGUACUACGGCACAUGCGAUGAUGCUUUCGCGGAGAUUUAUAAGGCAAAUCCCUUGGCCAAGCAAGAUGAUUUCUUGAUGAAGAUGGUGAGCAAUGCCCUCGCUCUUGCCCAGUUGAUCCUCCAGUGA